AUGUUAAUACAAGCUCUUAUUAAUUCACAUUUAAUUGAUCAAUUUGAAAAUGCUAAUAUCGUUGCUUGGACAAUAUUUUCAGCAAAUUAUUAUUUUUAUACAUUAAAAAAUAUAAAUAAUUUAUAUUAUUUAAAUAUAAAUUAUUUAAAUAAAAUUUUGGAAGAAAAGCAACCAAUCAUUUAUUUAUUUGCUAUAUCUAAUAAAUUAAAUAAUUAUCAAAGUAUAAAUAUUUUGGAUGCAGUUAAAGCCCCAUUAAAAGAAUAUGACAAAAAUAAUGGUGGAAAUUGGAAGUUAAAUAUUAUGCUGUUAGCCUCUUCUAACAAACUGUGUUACUUUUGGGAUUCUUUUUUUAUUGUUAAUUUUUAUUUAGAUGUACUUUUAGAAGAAGCUAAACGUAAAAAUAAAAAUAAAUUUUAA